UUAAGGUUUGAUGUUUUUAUGUGGAAGAGAGAGAGCGAGAGGUUGAAUGGUAGGGUGAUGAAGGAGACUCUAAGGUAUUUGGUUGGAAUUGCAGGCCCAAGUGGGUAUGGCUCUAAGUCAAGUGCAGAGCAAGUUACUGAACAUUUGCAGUGUUCUUCUCCUUUGACUGCCAUUAUCACUGGGGCAACAUCAGGAAUUGGAGAAGAAACAGCAAGAGUUUUAGCAAAAAGAGGAGUGAGAAUAGUAAUGGCAGCAAGAGACAUGAAGAAGGCAGCAAAAGUGAGAGAGAGGAUCAAAAGAGAAGGUCCAGAAGCAGAGAUUUUAGUGUCUGAGAUAGACCUCAGCUCUUUGGCUUCUGUUAGGAGGUUCUGUAUGGAGUUUGCAGCUUUAGGGCUACCACUCAACAUUCUCAUAAACAAUGGUGGGGUUUUCUCUCCAAAUUUGGAGUAUUCUGAUGACAAGCUUGAGUUGACAUUUGCUACUAAUUAUUUGGGACAUUACCUUCUGACAGAACUGCUUUUAGACAAAUUGAUAGAAACAUCAAGGAGAACAGGCAUCCAAGGAAGAAUUAUAAACGUCUCUUCUGUUGUCCACUGCUGGGUGAAGAAGGACGAUCUCUGCUUCACUCACCUGCUCAACCCAAACAAGUACAAUGGCACGCGUGCUUAUGCUCAAUCAAAACUGGCUUGCAUUUUACAUGCCAAGGAGGUGGCUAGACAGUUGAAGGAAAGAGAUGCCAAUGUGACAAUUAAUGCAGUGCAUCCAGGCAUUGUAAAGACUGCAAUUAUCAAGGCACAUCGAGGAUUUAUCACAGAUUCUCUCUUUUUCAUGGCAUCCAAGUUACUAAAAUCCAUUCCUCAGGGUGCUGCUACGACAUGCUAUGUGGCUCUAAGCCCACAAACACAGAGAAAAACAGGAAGAUAUUUUGCAGAUUGUAAUGAGACUAAGUGUUCAUCUCUAGCCAACGAUGAGUUAGCAGCACGAACGCUAUGGAUGCAAACUCGUGCCCUAAUUCUCAGAGAACUUGGUGAACCAGUUUGAGCUACAUCAUCAAUAAAUUUUCAACCAAGAGAGAGAGAGAACAGUAUAUAUAAUAAAUCUAUGCAUUUGUAAAUGAACAGAGAUCCUGGAGAAGUUCAUCGAAUAAGAUCUCGUAAUAAAAAUACGCCUAAAUUCUUGAACAAUC